AGAGUCACGCUUACAAGCCAGCCAGAGAAGAGACGUCAAGAGGAGGACCUAACAAGAGAGAGAGAGAGAGAGAAAGAGCGGGAGGAAAAAAAAAAAACCUCCUCUCCCUUUCGGCUGCCUCUCUUCGUGCAUCCUUCGGGCCAGCGACGAGCGAAGAGGAGAGCAGAGGAAUCGGCUUGGCACAUUUCCACGCCGCUUCCCUGCCAUUUCGUGGUGUGUGGAGCGCGGGGAGAGCUGCCCACGGCCUCCAUCACCGACAAGGCUCUGCCACAGCGGCAAAAGAAGAAGAAGAAGAGGUAGAAGAAAAAGACGCAGCACCGUAGAGUCGGGAUGCUUAACAACCUGACUGACACAGAGGAGGGGGACGGGGGAGCGCAGAACCAGGGUGACAAUAACCCCAAGGAGAGCAGCCCCUUCAUCAACAGCAGCGAUGCAGCGGCAGAGAAGAGUCAACAGUAUGACGGCAAGCACAUGGCCCUCUUUGAGGAAGAGAUGGACACCAGCCCCAUGGUGUCUUCUCUGCUCAGCAGCCUGGCCAACUACUCCAACCUGCCGCAGGGUAGCAAGGAGCACGAGGAGGCCGAGAACAACGAAGCCGAGUCAUCCCGCAAGAAACCCGUCAAGGCCCCUCAGCUUGGCACACUGAUGGGAGUCUAUAUGCCCUGCAUCCAAAACAUCUUCGGAGUCAUCCUCUUCCUCAGGAUGACCUGGCUGGUUGGCAUCGGCGGGAUCAUCGGGACCUUCAUCAUCGUCUUUAUGUGCUGCACCACUACCAUGCUGACGGCCAUCUCAAUGAGCGCCAUCGCCACUAAUGGAGUCGUGCCAGCUGGAGGCUCGUACUACAUGAUAUCCCGCUCACUGGGCCCUGAGUUUGGGGGAGCGGUGGGCAUUUGCUUCUAUCUGGGGACCACCUACGCUGGAGCCAUGUACAUCCUGGGGGCCAUUGAGCUGCUCCUGAUCUACAUCGUGCCCAAAGCAGCCAUCUUCCCACUGGAUGGCUUGGAAGGUGCCGAGGCGGAGGCAGCGCUGCUCAACAACAUGCGCGUGUACGGCACCAUCCUCCUGACCUCCAUGGCCACGGUGGUGUUUGUUGGCGUCAAGUACGUGAACAAGCUGGCUCUGGUCUUCCUAGCCUGCGUCAUCCUCUCAAUCCUGGCUGUCUACGCCGGCGUCAUCAAGACGGCUGUCGACCCUCCAGAAUUCCCCGUUUGUCUCCUGGGGAACCGCACUUUGGUGUGGAAGACAUUUGACGUGUGCGCAAAGACCAUCACGACGGAAAACGGGACAACAGUCACCACGCAGCUGUGGCACAUGUUUUGCCAGUCGUCCUCACCCAGCUCUUGUGACCCUUACUUUGCAAACAACAACGUGACGCAGGUGCAGGGCAUCCCCGGGGUCACCAGCGGAAUCUGGACAGAGAACCUGUUUGGGACAUACUAUGAGAAGGGGGACCUGGUCGCCCGGGUCAACAUGGAGUCUGUGGAGGAGCAGGACACCCCCCUGACCAACUCUAACCGCUAUGUGCUGGCUGACAUCACCAGCUUCUUCACGCUGCUGGUUGGCAUCUACUUCCCCUCUGUGACAGGGAUCAUGGCCGGCUCAAACCGCUCCGGUGACCUACGUGACGCCCAGAAGUCCAUCCCCGUCGGAACCAUCGCAGCCAUCACCACCACCUCCACUGUCUACAUGUCCAGCGUCAUUCUCUUUGGCGCCUGCAUCGAGGGUGUGGUCCUCAGGGACAAGUUUGGUGAAGGGGUGCACGGCAACUUGGUGAUCGGCACGUUGGCGUGGCCGUCGCCGUGGGUCAUCGUCAUCGGCUCCUUCUUCUCCACUUGCGGUGCGGGGCUCCAAAGUUUGACAGGGGCACCUCGGCUGCUGCAGGCCAUUGCCAAGGAUGGCAUCGUGCCCGCACUACGGAUUUUUGGCCACGGGAAGGCCAACGGGGAGCCCACAUGGUCUCUGCUUCUGACCGCCUUCAUCUGCGAGAGCGGCAUCCUCAUCGCCUCCCUGGACUCUGUUGCUCCCAUUCUGUCGAUGUUUUUCCUGAUGUGCUACAUGUUUGUGAACUUGGCAUGCGCCCUGCAGACGCUGCUCAGGACCCCCAACUGGAGACCUCGCUUCAAGUUCUACCACUGGACUCUGUCAUUCCUGGGGAUGAGCUUGUGUCUGACGCUGAUGUUUUUGUGCUCCUGGUACUAUGCUAUUGUCGCCAUGGUGAUCGCCGGCUCCAUCUACAAGUAUAUUGAGUUUGCAGGUGCGGAGAAGGAGUGGGGUGACGGCAUUCGAGGUCUGUCUCUGAGUGCUGCACGUUAUGCUCUCAUGCGUCUGGAGGAAGGGCCCCCCCACACCAAAAACUGGAGGCCCCAGCUGCUGGUGCUGGUGAGCACGGACGGUGAGCAGAACAUAGAGCAACCCCGCCUGCUUUCGCUCACCAAUCAGCUGAAGGCGGGCAAAGGCUUGACCAUUGUUGGAACAGCGCUUGAAGGCACCUACCUGGACAACUACGACCAGGCUCAGCGUGCAGAGCAGGCGCUGCAUAAACUGAUGGAAACCGAGAAGGUGAAGGGCUUCUGUCAGGUGACUGUGUCGUCCAACCUUCGUGACGCCACCUCACACCUGCUCCAAGCCAGCGGGCUGGGCGGACUCAAACACAACGCCGUGUUAGUGUCGUGGCCGCGCAACUGGAAGCAAGGCGACGAGCACCAGACUUGGAGGAACUUCAUCGAGUUGGUGAGAGAAACCACCGCAGCUCACCUGGCUCUGCUGGUACCCAAAAACAUCUCGGCUUUCCCAUCCAACGGCGAGCGUUUCACAGAGGGUCACAUCGACGUGUGGUGGAUCGUCCACGAUGGAGGGAUGUUGAUGCUGCUCCCCUUCCUUCUCCGCCAGCACAAGGUUUGGAGGAAGUGCAAGAUGCGCAUCUUCACCGUGGCCCAGAUGGAUGACAACAGUAUCCAGAUGAAGAAGGACCUGACCACCUUCCUCUAUCACCUCCGUAUUGAUGCCAUGGUGGAAGUUGUAGAAAUGCAUGACGGCGACAUCUCGGCCUACACCUAUGAAAAGACCCUGGUGAUGGAGCAGCGUUCGCAGAUGCUGAAGCAGAUCAACCUGACCAAGAACGAGCGUGAGAGGGAGAUCCAGAGCAUUACCGACUCCUCCCGUGGCUCCAUUCGACGCAAGAACCCUGGCUCAGUGACUAAUCAACCCAGUGUCAGUGAAGAGGCACCGGCAGCCAGCAAGGAGGAGAAGCCAGAAGAGGAGUCAACGUCGGCCUCUCCCCCUGUGCCCCCCCCUGUCCAGGUCCAGCUCAUCCAUGACAACACCACCCCAGCCAGCCCCGCCACACCUGCUGCUCCGCUGGACCCGCCCGAGGCGGCUCAGAGCCCCGGUGAGCAGGUCCAAAUGACCUGGACGGAGAAAUGUGACGGUGAGGCCAGCAAUCCGCCUGGCGCCGCCACACCGGAGGGCAUCAAGGACAUCUUCAACAUGAAGCCUGAAUGGGAGAACCUGAACCAGUCCAACGUGCGACGCAUGCACACGGCGCUCCGACUCAAUGAGGCCAUCAUCAAAAAGUCCUCAGAGGCUAAGCUGGUCCUUCUCAACAUGCCCGGACCGCCCAAGAACCGGACCGGUGACGAGAACUACAUGGAGUUCCUUGAGGUCCUCACUGAGGGUCUCAACCGUGUCCUCCUGGUCCGCGGAGGCGGCCGUGAGGUCAUCACCAUCUACUCCUGAAAAAACAACCCUCACCUUUUGCCCCUCCCAUUACACACAGCCCCCAUCCUUUCCCGGCUCCUGUGUUAACCAGCCCCACCCUCCUUCUAACCCCCCGCCCACUCACUCAUCCCGUCCACUCCCACAGCCCGACUCAGCUUCAAAGCUCCCCGACGAGCAGAAUCCCACCCGGCCGCUUCAAGUCCUUCCAUCCACGUCGUUACGAGUCUCGUUUAGAAGCAGUUUGUCGUCAUUCAGUAUCAUCCGCUUUCGUGUACUUCUAGCGUGGAGGUCGUCGGGCGCCGGGCGUGUUGGCCGUCGGGCUUGUUGUUAGCUGAGCUAGCUGUGGCCGAUAAUGCAUGCAAGUGUCUUUUUUUCCUUUGAGUCGGUGUAGUUUGUUUUACCAAAAGUGGCCGAGGGGUGGUACGGGUGGUAGGGGGGCAUUUUUUUUUUUUUAUGUAUUGGAACUGUGAAAUUGAACUUGAAGAAGCUGGACUUGCUAGCAUGACCUCAUGGCGGUCUUUUCUUAGUGGCUGUUUGCGUGUGUGCGGGGCCACUGUCGGUGCCAAAAACCCCAAGAAGAAGAAGACGGUUAGCGUAACUGUGAAUAGUGCGUUUGCAGGCUAGCAGAAGAAGAUCACGACCAGCAGCCCUUUGCGUGGAGAACACUGUAAAUAAUGUACAAGCCUCAUUGGGUAUGAGUGUAGUAUUUUUGUCACAUAUUUAAACAACAAAAAUGCAUUAUUUCAAAAAAAUUCUAUUUAUUUAUGGGAUGACAUCGGACACCCAUCCACAUGCACUGCACCUGCACUCAAUCGACAAAAAAAAAGUGUUAUUUUUUCAUGUAGAGAACAAAUAUGUAUUUAUGUUUAUAGACAGAGCUUAUCAACGCGAUAUAGACGUGUACUGCAUUCAUCCUGUGUCCUUUUGCCAAAUGUUAUAAACGUUAUAAACGUGCCAUAUGAUUUACAGUACGAUACAAUCGGAGAACAAAGUGUGUGAACUUUAAAUAACAUGAUGUCUAAAAAAAAUUAUUAUUAGUAUUAUUGUUAUUGGGACAUGCUGGAAGUAGAGAAGAACAACGGCUUCUGUAGCACGGAAAGACACUUUGUCCACCGGAGACACACUUCUAUGCAGUAGAACACACAUAUAACACAUAUAUAUAUAUUUAUUUAUAUGUAUAAAAAGUCUUUAAUCCACUGUUAGAUAUGAUGUUUUUAAUUACCUUUAGUACACUGGAAAGUGAAAAUGAACAUAUGUUCUAUGGUUAUCAUCAUGCUUUCCCUCAAAAACAGGUUUGUUUGACAUGUCACGUAAAUUAUUGCACUUUUUUAAAAUUUGAUUGUUUUUAAAACAACUAUUUUAAUAUUUUCUUGAUUUGGAUUCGAACAAAGAAACAUCAGGACAUAGAAAAGCUACCUGAUUGAUUAUUUUCUAAUUAAUUUAAUCACCACUCUGUGUUUUUUUCCCCCUAAAAUAACUUUUCUGGAUGUAUUACAGGCUGCACGGCGGACAAGUGGUUAGCGCGCAGACCUCACAGCUAGGAGACCAGGGUUCAAUUCCACCCUCGGCCAUCUCUGUGUGGAGUUUGCAUGUUCUCCCCGUGCAUGCGUGGGUUUUCUCUGGGUACUCCGGUUUCCUCCCACAUUCCAAAAACAUGCUAGGUUAAUUGGCGACUCCAAAUUGUCCAUAGGUAUGAAUGUGAGUGUGAAUGGUUGUUUGUCUAUAUGUGCCCUGUGAUUGGCUGGCGACCAGUCCAGGGUGUACCCCGCCUCUCGCCCAAAGACAGCUGGGAUAGGCUCCAGCACCCCCGCAAAAACUGUAGAAAAUGAAUGAAUGGAUGUAUUACAUUUUAAAAAGUUCAUAUACGGAGUGAUAAUAACAUUUUAGUGAGGAUCUGGGCACGGGAUGCAGGAAGCAGCUAGUACAAAAGGCUAGCAAAAAUGCUAACCAGCAAACAAAACGGUCAUUAAAAACAACACAUCUAGCAGUGAUGUAAGACUCUAUUCAAUUUCAAUCACCUUAUUAGGCAUCAAAUGUUUGCACCCGGGAAGGAACGUGCAAUAUAGAGCUUAAAUUUGCAUUUGUUGUUUAUUUUUCUUAGCGCGUCUAUUUUCUAUGCCGUCUUCUAAACGUCACUUUAUUUCCUUUUGUUUUUUGAGUCACUUGCACUUGUAGUAAAACUAUAAAUAGAUCCAUGCUAUACAUAUUUAUAUACAUAUAUAUAUAAAUAUAUAUAUACCUAUACAGUAUAUGAGAAAUCAAUAGGAAUAAAAAUAGUUUAUAGAGCGAUUUAAAAUGUUUUCUUUAUGUUUUGCUUGAAUGUCGGACCAUUUGUGGUGAAUGCUGCUAGUGAUGUAUUUGUAUUUGUACAUAAAAGAGGCGAAAUAAACAGAAGUGGUAAGUAUAAACAAUAAAAAGGGUAUAGAAAUACAUAUCAGCAGUGGCGGUUAACUUAAAAAAAAAAUACUGAUGCAAUAUAUAACAAAAACGUUAUGCUCCUUUUAUAUCAAAGCCAGCUAAAAUGAUUCGGAUAAAUUGCCAAAGUGACACUUUAAUUUGUGAAAUAAUUUACCAAAAUAAAAGUUUAUUUUCCAAUUUUUUUUUUGAUAAGUCACGCAAAAAAAAGGUCGUUUUAGAACAUCGCCUGCAUCAACUGAGCCUUUAAAAAAAGAGAAUGAAGUGCAAUCGGCAGGAGGUUGAAUCGAUUACCUUGAAAAAAUGAUUCUUAAUGUUUUUCUAGUGUUUGCAUGGUUAGCGUGUGGCCAUAUUUGUUUUGUGUGCUUUCUAUCGUGACCACCGGGCGGCUCAGACACCACAAAAAGGCUGCUAGCUCCACCUUGAAAAGUCUUUUGCAAAAAAAAAACAUUUAAAAAGAUAAGAAAAGUUAUUGUUACCUGUUCUUGCUUUAAGUAGUCUUGUGAAAGGAGAGUUUUUUGGGGGGUGGGUGGGGCCGGGGGUCCUCAUUUGUAUAUAACGAAUGAAUCACAAACUAGUGUUGUCUUUUCUUGUUUGAUCACUGUGGGAAAAAAAGUAUUAGAGUUUUGUAAGAUGACGUGCAAUAUUGCUUUUUUUUAAUGUAAUAUUUUCGAAGUGGUCAAAAUUAAAUACAUUAAAAAUCCCCAAAAAUGAGAGCGCGAGACGUUUAUGCUAGUGGGCGGGGUUAUGCUAGUGCUCCCUAUUGUAACAGCCUGCAGCGACCUCAAGUGGCGUUGUUAGUGCACUGCAGCCUCAGACUGUACUGCAAAAUAUACUACCUGUUGUUUUUUUUAAAAUCCACGCCCACUUGCUAAAAAAUAAGUUGUGAAAUGAGAUUUAAUCUUUCAAACAUCGCCAACUCUCCUCAUCCAACCCCCCCCCCCCCCCCACCCAUCCAUCUCCUUCCCCUCAAAAUAUGUUGUGUAUUUUAAAUGUGAUUGCAGUAUAAUUCUUUGAAAAAGUGAUCAAAUAAUAAACUUGCGCUUCCAAUGCUGGGAGCGGCUCUGCUUGGACACACACACACACACAACAUAUAUAUAUACAUACAUAUGUAUAUAUAUAUGUAUCACUAAGCCCAACCCCCUGCCCACCCCAGGCAACAAACUGUAGCAUGAGACAAAAAAAAGCUGCCAAUGAUCACUCCUCAAGUCUCCAUCCUUAAAUGGAUGUCAAGGGCUCUGACUAAAAAAACACAGCAAGAAAGACAGAAAAAAAAACAUCCAUCAUUCAACCCCUUAUUUGUGUGGCACAGAGGUCACCUGAGGUCAAAUCCACCGGGCCUCCUCAUGGACACGUUGAAAAGUUGCUCAGUAAUUCUAAUCAAGUGCUUGCAAAGCAGAGGCGCUCUCCAGCGGUGUAACAUUGUGUGCAUGCAUGCAAGCACCCUGAAUAAGAUAUAUUUGUUUGUGCUAUCCAAGUGUUUGAUUUCUUCUUGUUUCCAUGUUACCCCCCCACUUUCAAACCCUUCACACCACAUACACUCUUCACUCUUUUAGCACUGGACAAGCAAAUGCUGAUUAUUACUAUAGUAGAGUACAAGAUUCUAUUUUUCAUGUAUUAUCCAGAGAAAAUGACUACCAAAGUAUAUUUAACUAUAAAUAUCAAUAUUGUGAAGAUAUGUGCUCCAGUGAAUUAGAUGCAGUUUUUUUUAAAUAGAUUGUGCCAAAGUAGCAAGAUUUUUGUUUUAAUUUGAAUUGCAUGAAAAUUCUCGGGCCUCAGAUCUAUAUACACAUAGAUAGGAUCUAUACGUUUGUUUUGAAUUCACUGGGAACCACUUUGUAUGGAUGCUUGACAAGUUACAUGGUUAUAUACUGCAAACACACGUGUACAAAGUUUUUUCAUCCAUCGUAUGGUAAAGAUGUUGUUCCUUUCAUUUGUUGGCGGAAGGGAAGGGGAUGCUGGGGGGGUCAAGGGUGAUGAUGGUGGGCUACAUGUAAAUAAAUUAAAUACAGUUAGUGUGGAAGUGUUUAUUUUUUGUGUCAGUGUAAGUUAAAUAUUCUACGGUUUCAAAAAAAAAAAGUCAACAUGUAUUCUUCUCUAUUGUGUUUCAUGGUACAUUUAAAAAAAAAAAAAAGAGUAGUUUUAUCUUACAUUUCAAAUGCUUAUAUCUCUAUGGCUUCUUCUGGCGAUACCCGUUCUAUUUUAUAGAUUUGUCAGCACAAAAUGCAAUAAACCAAUACCAUUUUACUACAGCA